AUGGGUGCGAGCGGGAUCGAGACGGGAAGCAGCAACGUGUGGGUGGUGCUGGUGGGCUCGUCGCGAAACUGGCUGAACUAUCGAGACAACGCCAACACCCUUGCCCUGUACAGGAGUGUGCGCGACCUAGGCGUGUCAGAUGAGCGAAUCAUCCUCAUGCUGGCGGACAACAUGCCCUGCAACCCCCGCAACCCCCACCCUGGCCGCGUCUUCCACAGCCCUGACCACCGCCUGAACCUCUAUGGGGAACACGUGGAGGUGGACUACCGCGGGGCAGAGGUGACAGUGGAUGCGUUCCUGCGCCUGCUGACCGGGCGGCACGAUUCGUCUGUUCCGCGGAGCAAGCGGCUUCUCUCGGACAGCAGCAGCCGCAUCCUCAUCUACCUCACGGGCCACGGGGGGGACAAGUUCCUGAAAUUCCGGGACAAGGAGGAGCUGCAGGCUCAAGACCUGGCAGAUGCCUUUCACCACAUGCACCAGCAGCACAGGUACCAUUCCAUCCUCCUUAUGAUCGACACGUGCCAGGCGCAAACCCUCUACUCCGAGAUCUACUCUCCUGGCAUCGUCUCUGUUGCCAGCAGUGCCAAGGGCGAGAUGUCCUACUCCUACCUGCCUGACCUCGAUCUGGGAGUGACAGUCGUGGAUCUCUUCACAUACCACACUCUGCAGUUUCUGCAUCAAAUCAAUGCUCGCUCCAAUGUAUCCCUUGCCAGUCUGUUUGAGUCGUACGAUCCAAGGUUCCUCAUGUCCACUCCGGGCUACUGCAGCGUCAACUUCCCCGCGCCUCUGCACCAGGUCCCAGUCACUGACUACGUUGCCUCAGUCAUGCCUGUCCAGAUAACACCUGCCCCGUACCCACUCUCUCCCACUGACACACCUCGCGUUAAACCGAGCGAGGGAAGGAAGGCCGGAGGAGGAGAGAGCUGUGCAGCAGAGGGAGGAGGUGAUGGAGGGGGUGGUGUGAGAGAGGGGAAGGGGAACGGUGGGGCCGAGGAAGCAAGGCGUGGGAAAGGCUUGGAGGCGGGAAAGGACUGGACGCUGGACAAUGCUGUGAUGUGGUUUGGGGACCCAAUUCUCACAGCAACUCUCACAACAGCAACUCUCACAACAGCAAUUCUCACAACAACAAUUCUCACAACAGCAAUUCUCACAACAGCAACUCUCACACAGCAACUCUCACACAACAACUCUCACACAGCAACUCUCACACAGCAACUCUCACACAGCAACUCUCACACAGCAACUCUCACAACAGCAACUCUCACAACAGCAGCUCUCACAACAGAAACUCUCACAACAGCAACUCUCACAACAGCAACUCUCACAACAGCAACUCUCACAACAGCAACUCUCCCCAAAUGCUGCCUCUGCCCGCUGCUGCUUUAG